AUGCGCAAGGUUGGUGUUAUUGUGGUGUGCUUGGUUUUAUCCCUCUGCCCGCACCUGAUCAAUGGACAUAGUAAAAAGUUUGCCUGUAGCUUCAACUCACAAGAAGCAGCUUCAAUUAGCUUUCUUCCCGAAUACGUUCCCAUGGAGAUCUGCACGCAUGUGAUCUUCAAGUGGUUUCGCUUUCCGCGGUUCGUCGCUCGUCAAAUGCUCUUCGAUGACAACGACAAGAUAGCAUUCUCCCGACUUGUGACGAGCGUUCGGCAGCGCUCGAGGACGGGACGCGUGGUGGCAUCGAUCAACGGCACGGGGUCGGACUUUUCCAGAGUAUCAGAAACAAACGUGCGAAGGCGAGCGUUUGUGCAAGCCGCAUCAACGUUGCUACUCGAGCUGGACGCCGAUACGAUCGAGCUCAGCUGGGAGGUACCCGGCAACCAAUAUGACGGCAAAGGCAUAGAAACCUUUCGGCGUACGAUGGUGACAUUGCUGCAGGAUCUGCGACAGGUGGUGAACGCGGCCAGCAGCCUCAUCAAAGGACGCCCUCGGGAGCUAUGGAUCCGUGGAUCCAUCCAUCCGAAUCUGAUCACUACGUCCUACAACACCUUUGAUGUGUGCAAUCUGGUAGAUCAGGUGGCGCUCAGUACGACGUCUAGGACUGAAUCGACGUCUCACGCGCCGAUUUAUGGUUCGAGUAUCACUUUGCCUAGCUUAGGGCCCUUUAAAGGUGCCGUCAUCAACUCGGAAGAUGGUCUUACGGAUGCGACACAGACAUGGAUCGACAACGGUUGCCCUCCGAAGAAAGUCCUACUCGGGGUUGGUUUGCAUGGUUUCCUGAAAACGAUUUCUUCAUCAGACUACGGGUAUUUGGCGGACAGCUUUUUAUCGGCCCCAAAGCACGUGUUGUACUUUGAUUUUUUCCAGCUCUGCCAGACCUUGCGUGAACGCGGAUGGUUCUUUGGAUGGGACCAGCAAGGUUUCACACCAUACGCCACCAGAUCGUUCUACAACGGGCAGUUGCAGCGGCUCAGCUACGAGGACGUCAACUCGCUGCGCUACAAGAUGGAUCUGGUCGAGCAGAAACGGCUCGGAGGCGUCUACGUGGACAAUAUCCAUUCGGACGACAUCUAUGGCAACUGCGGACAGGCGUACCCUCUGUCGGGCUACACUGCGUCCCGUUUGCAAGCGAUACCAUCUGACAUUGGGUUUGCCAUCGAGUGGAACUAG